AUGACGAUUUGCGCUAUAAAAGUGUGCAGGAAUUACAAAGGACGAUUGAAAACAACCAAAAAAGUUACCUAUCAUCGAAUAUCUAAAGAUCCCAUUUUAAGAAGUAGGUGGAUAGAAAUUAUAAGAAAAAGCCGCAGAGAGCAUCUCUGGCAACCACCUAAAACAGCAGUUAUUUGCUCUGAUCAUUUCCGUGCCAAAGACCUGUAUUUUGCCAACAACCAAAGUCGUCAAAGGUUAAAAAAGGAAGCUAUUCCGUGCAAGAAAAUUUUGGUAUCCAAUGAAGAGGGAUCUUUACGUGCUACAAAAAAUAAGCAAUAUGCUUAUUCUUGUUGUAUGGAAACUUCUGACACCAACGUUAGCAAUUUUACAGGCAUAGAAUCUGCCAGUAUUAGUAAUCAUAUACCUGGGCAAGCAACUGGUAGUAAAAUCGGAGAUGGACGGAAAAAAGAAGAUGAAAGUGAUAUCAUUGAUGAUUUUUCUGAUCUUGAAUCUAUUUUCGUUACUCCAAAAAAAAAAUUAAAUUGCUUCGAGAAUUACGAAGAAGAAUACGGCUACAAAAAAAAACUCUAA